AAAAAAAAAAAAAAGGGAAGGGCUUAACGAUCUAGUAAGAAAUGAAAUUUUAAUUGGGUUUAGGGCUCAUCUGAAAAUAUUGGAGGACUCCUAAUGCGGAUUAAUUUUUAAGGUAGAUGUGAAUCAUAAUCCAAAGACUAAAAUCUGGUCAAGCCCAGUCCAGCUUGAGCAACUGAAAUGGUCAUGGAGUGGGGUCUUCUUCGCACAGUACAUUAGUUCUGAGGUCCAGAGUCCCCAGUCCCAAGUCCUUGCUUAAUUCAUUUCCUCACCAUUUUUUUCUAUGUAAGAGGAUAAAGUAGGAAUCUCUUGAAAAGGUUAGAGCUUUGAUAUGGAAGCUGCACAGGUAGAGGAAGCAUUGAAGGUGUUGGACGCCUCUCUCUCACACAUCAAAUGGCGUCUUAAAUCUUCUGCUAAGCGUCGACUCCAAAUAGAUGUUCUGGCCUUGUGCUCCGGAAUGAGGCCAGUUGUGAUGAUUGACUAUGGUGGAAAGAUGCCUGAAUUACAGGAACAUCUAUGUGCGUUUCUUGACCACAGUCAAAAGGAGUCACCCAUCUUUGAACAGCUAAGAGUAAUGGUUAUAGAAGAUAUGAUAUAUUUGAUACAUGUAGAAGAAAUGGCCAAGUAUGUGAGUUCGAGCUUGAGCUCUGAAGUGGAACUGCUACUUGUGGAUCUUGAAGAGGAUCCUCCCAAGAUGAGAAGACUAGACGACAAACAUUUAUUAGGGAUGCAGCUUAUAUCAAUUCAGAAGUUGUUCUCUUUAUAUUUUCCUCUUGAAGGAAUGAGAAAUGAUCUCUUGCCACCUAACAGGACAGAACCCAGGGCAGAUACCAAUUCCUUAAGUGAGCCAAUCAAUUCUAAAUCUUCUUUGCUUAUGGAUCUCAGUAGCUGCAUGCAUGACACUAAGGUCACUGUGCCAACUAUAAAUGGAUGGCUUCUUGGUUAUCCGGUAGUGUACUUGUUUACCAAGGAUCAUAUUGGAGAUGCUGUUUAUAACCUUUCCACCAAAUUUCUUCGUAUCUACAAGAUUUUGAUACGAAGGAAUAGUACCCCCAAUAAAGGAUCUCCCCUGGAAGAGCUGAUGAGUUUUUCAGUGCCCUAUGAUAUGAGCAUGAGAGGAAGCAAUGAGCCAUGGGCAGAGAUGUUUUUGACUCACUUGCAGUCAAAGUGGGAAAGAUGCAAACAAACUUGGAGCUCCUUGGAAAUGGAGCCUGCUCAGCUUUUCCACUGGAAGAGAUGCUGUAUGAUGCUAAAAUCCUUGUUUCCAUUCGGCAUACUUACUACUUUAGAUGGCCAACACUAUAUUCCAACCUUGAUGAAAGAUAUUAAAUAGCACGGUCGUCGGAACCAUGUGUCAAUAUGAUCAAGGUGAUCCGGCACUCAAUUCCUUUUGUGCACACCAUUCAGAACCAUGAUUGUUUGAACCCAGCCAUCCCCUUGAUCCAACCCGUAAUAGCAAAAAAGGUUAUGAUAAAAAGGACCUCCUACCAACCCCGAAACCGUCAAUGAUGUAUAUUCUGGGAAGGAAUAGAUAUAGGUUGAAAGCAGAUGAUUCAAGGAAUUAAAGAGGGUUUGCAGCUUUACAUCUUUCGAAGAUAUGGCCUAAGAUCAUCUGCAAUGGAGAGAUAUUCAGAAGACUUGACUGCUUUGGAAUUAGAUUCUGUCUGGUAGACUUAAUUACUUUGGAAUUAGAUCUUGUCAAAGGUUUGUAGAAUGAUACAAAUGAACUUAAGCUGCACUUAUGAAUAGAGUAAUUUUCCUAUAUCUAUUCAAUUAAAUUUUGCCUUGA